GUGCGGGUGCGGGUGCAGGAGCAGCGUGUGCAGGGCUCGGGGAAGGCGCGUGCAGGGGGCGGCGGGCGGGGCGGGCGCGGCGGCGGCGGCGGCGGCGGUGACAGCGGCGCCCGCGCCUCCCCGCGCGUAGGUGUGCGGCGCGCUCCUGGCGGGGACGGAGCGAGCAGAUCUCGCGUGCGCUCGCCGCCCGGCGCAGCCCAGCCCGGCCCCCGCCUGGCGCCGCGAGCCGAGGUGUCUCCCGCGCCCGCGCCCGUGUCGCCGCCGUGCCCGCGAGCGGGAGCCGGAGUCGCCGCCGCCCGAGCGCAGCCGAGCGCACGCCGAGCCCGUCCGCCGCCGCCAUGGCCACCACGGUGACCUGCACCCGCUUCACCGACGAGUACCAGCUCUACGAGGAUAUUGGCAAGGGGGCUUUCUCUGUGGUCCGACGCUGUGUCAAGCUCUGCACCGGCCACGAGUAUGCAGCCAAGAUCAUCAACACCAAGAAGCUGUCGGCCAGAGAUCACCAGAAGCUGGAGAGAGAGGCUCGGAUCUGCCGCCUUCUGAAGCAUUCCAACAUUGUGCGUCUCCAUGACAGCAUCUCUGAGGAGGGCUUCCACUACCUGGUCUUCGAUCUGGUCACUGGUGGGGAGCUCUUUGAAGACAUUGUGGCAAGAGAGUACUACAGCGAGGCUGAUGCCAGUCACUGCAUCCAGCAGAUCCUGGAGGCCGUUCUCCAUUGUCACCAAAUGGGGGUCGUCCACAGAGACCUCAAGCCGGAGAACCUGCUCCUGGCCAGCAAGUGCAAAGGGGCUGCAGUGAAGCUGGCGGACUUCGGCCUGGCUAUCGAGGUGCAGGGGGACCAGCAGGCAUGGUUUGGGUUCGCUGGCACACCAGGCUACCUGUCCCCUGAGGUCCUUCGCAAAGAGGCAUAUGGCAAGCCCGUGGACAUCUGGGCAUGUGGGGUGAUCCUGUACAUCCUGCUCGUGGGCUACCCACCCUUCUGGGACGAGGACCAGCACAAGCUGUACCAGCAGAUCAAGGCCGGCGCCUAUGACUUCCCAUCCCCCGAGUGGGACACUGUCACUCCUGAAGCCAAAAACCUCAUCAACCAGAUGCUAACCAUCAACCCUGCCAAGCGCAUCACAGCCCAUGAGGCCCUGAAGCACCCGUGGGUCUGCCAACGCUCCACGGUAGCUUCUAUGAUGCACAGACAAGAGACAGUGGAGUGUCUGAAAAAGUUCAAUGCCAGAAGAAAGCUCAAGGGGGCCAUCCUCACCACCAUGCUGGCCACACGGAAUUUCUCAGUGGGCAGACAGACCACCGCUCCAGCCACAAUGUCCACCGCGGCCUCCGGCACCACCAUGGGGCUGGUGGAACAAGCCAAGAGUUUACUCAACAAGAAAGCAGAUGGAGUCAAGCCCCAGACGAAUAGCACCAAAAACAGUGCAGCCGCCACCAGCCCCAAAGGGACGCUUCCUCCUGCCGCCCUGGAGCCUCAAACCACCGUCAUCCAUAACCCAGUGGACGGGAUUAAGGAGUCUUCCGACAGUGCCAACACCACCAUAGAGGAUGAAGAUGCUAAAGCCCCCAGAGUCCCUGACAUCCUGAGCUCAGUGAGGAGGGGCUCAGGAGCCCCAGAAGCUGAAGGGCCCCUGCCCUGCCCAUCUCCGGCUCCCUUUAGCCCCCUGCCAGGCCAAUCCCCCAGGAUCUCUGACAUCCUGAACUCUGUGAGAAGGGGCUCAGGAACCCCAGAAGCCGAGGGCCCUCUCUCAGCAGGGCCCCCGCCCUGCCUGUCUCCAGCUCUCCUAGGCCCCCUGCCCACCCCAUCCCCCAGGAUCUCUGACAUCCUGAACUCUGUGAGGAGGGGCUCAGGGACCCCAGAAGCCGAGGGCCCCUCGCCAGUGGGGCCCCCGCCCUGCCCAUCUCCAUCUCUCCCUGGCCCCCUGCCCACCCCAUCCCGGAAGCAGGAGAUCAUCAAGACCACGGAGCAGCUCAUCGAGGCCGUCAACAACGGUGACUUUGAGGCCUACGCGAAAAUCUGUGACCCAGGGCUGACCUCGUUUGAGCCUGAAGCACUGGGCAACCUGGUUGAAGGGAUGGACUUCCACAGAUUCUACUUCGAGAACCUGCUGGCCAAGAACAGCAAGCCGAUCCACACGACCAUCCUGAACCCGCACGUUCAUGUCAUCGGCGAGGAUGCCGCCUGCAUCGCCUACAUCCGGCUCACGCAGUACAUCGACGGGCAGGGCCGGCCCCGCACCAGCCAGUCUGAGGAGACCCGCGUGUGGCACCGCCGCGAUGGCAAGUGGCAGAAUGUGCACUUCCACUGCUCGGGUGCGCCUGUGGCCCCGCUGCAGUGAAGAUAGCAGAGCCUGGGGGUAGACGGGAGAGGGGCUGCUGAAGAGCUGACCCAGCCGCCUCAUUUCAGAGCUGCGCCCUGGUUUCGCCGGACAGAGUUGGUGUUUGGAGCCCGACUGCCCUCGGGCACACGGCCUGCCUGUCGCAUGUUUGUGUCUGCCUCGUUCCCUCCCCUGGUGCCUGUGUCUGCAGAAAAACAAGACCAGAUGUGAUUUGUUUAAAAUCAAAACAAAAAAAAAAAACAAGAUGACGACGAUAACCACACAAAAAAAUUGACAUCAGAUGAAAUGAAAAAAAAAAAAAAACUAAAGGAAGGAAAAAGCUGUAAAAAUCACUGGCAUUCGUGGGGCCGCUCCCCACCCAAGCUCCACGUGUGUCCGUCUGUGCUCCUGGCCCUCUGGGGGACCAGCUGGGACAUGAACUUGUCUGCCAGUCCCCUGUCGCGUGCUGAACGGUGUUAGUUUGUAGGUAACGCACACACCCCACACCUAAGGCGUCUGCAUCCUCCCGCCAACGCAUGGGCUCCACGUGGUGUGCUCGCUGGCUGUCGUGACUGUCAGCUGUCUCUUGGGAGGGGCUGUGGGGGCCCGCUGGGCUGCCUCCUUUCCCGCUAGUCGUGCCUGAGAGUUGCUGUUGUUCCUGCUUUCCCUUCCCCUCCUUUCAUCCCCUGAAGGGCUAGGUGUGGGUUUUCCGAGCCCGGCAUCCCCACACACCCAGCACAGACAGCCCUUUGGCAGAGCCCAGGCUGCCCCUCAUCCCCUGGAGUGUUGAGGAGACUGGAGUCCCGUCCCCAAGGCCAUCAAAGAUGCCCCCACAGACCCAGGACUCCAGCUAUGCUCCUUCUGGAGGAAUAAAGUGCAGCGAGGGGCACAGUUUAGCUUCAGGCCUCUUGCCGGGCAAGAGACAGCACUGUUGGCUACAGCUCCCUGCAGCCAGCUGUGGCGAGAGGACUCUGCCUGGGCUGGCCUCCCUCCUGUGUGUGAGGCAUCUGUCUCUUCUCUACCGGCCAGCAGCAGACGCACUGGCAGCUCCCUACCCUGUUUCCGCCCCUUGGUCCUCCCCCAGCCUGUUUGGCUUCUUCCCCACCCCGCCCCACCCAGCCCCCAUGCAGGUGGGAGCAGACUUUUGACCAAGGACUGCCGACCUUCCUGAGCCCCCAGCUGAGGCUGGAAGGGGAGGCCAGGCUUUGUGUCUGGGCAUAUUUGCCUGCUGAUGGAGUCUGGGGGAGCCUGGGGUUUGGGGUUUGGUCGGGUGGUGCAGCAAGUGGCAGAGAGGGGUCAGAGGUGGUGAGUGCCGGGCAUGACGAGGGUCCAUGCAGGGGUCUGAUGAAGUGGGAGUGCCUUUGGAAUCUGGUCUGGGAGCAGAAGGAAGCAAAGGCUACGGUGGGAGCCAGCCCAGUGCACGUGGGAGGUGUGAGGGCAGUGCUGCCAGCACAGUGUCAGGUGUGCCAGCGCCUUGGUGAGCUGCAGUGCGUGUGAGGGCACCUUCUAAGUUAGGCCAGGGAUGUAGCCAUGGAGAUAAGGUGGGCUGGGGACAGAAACACAUGGGCACAGGGCCCAGGACACCAGCGGAUGGAGGGCGGGGUCCAGCCUUGUGCUCCUGAGCGUCGGGUGCCUGGGUUUGAGGCAGUGGGUCCCCGGCUCCUCGUGAUGGUGUGUACCAUGGGGAGGCUCAGGGACAGGGCAAGCCCGAGCACGGUGGGGCUACGGGUGGGUCUGAAGCCAGGUUGGGUGGGAGCGGUCAGGAGCCCUGACUGCAGAAGGUCAGGGGCUCCUGCCCCAGUGCCUGCCCACCUUCAAUUCAUGUCGUUUUCAACAAGGAUUUUCUUUAUCUUCCCCCACAAAUCGAGCCAAGGGAGGGGCACAGAAUGGGGAACAGGACACAGGAUCCUAAACUCCAAGGGGACUGUCCACCGAUGAACACUCAGAGUGGACACCACCUUCCGUUCACGCUGUGCCCAGGACAGCUGUCCCCAUCCACGAACACAGGGUAAACAUCUGCCGGGCUCCGCACCAGUGGCUCCCUGGGCCACGGGACAGCGGCAGGGCUCACCAUGGACAGCACGUGGCCCAGUGGCCGGCCACCCUGGCGUCCUGGGGCCUCCUCCCCUCCUCUCCCUCUCACCUUGUCACCUCCACGGAGCUGCCUGUCUGGGAUAAUUUGGGGAUUUUUUUUCUGGGGGAUAAUUCUUUUGCAUGACCCCUAAAGAGCAAGCCACACCGCUAUGCUAGCUAGGUGUCCGCGGUGUGGUGGUGGCGGCCGCUGGCCAGCACUGCAGGGGUUGGCUGCCCACGGUGCUGGCUGGCCUCCCCUCCUCUCUCUUUUUGCUGAGUUUCAUUGUCUUUUCUUUCUGAGCCUUGUAAGUGUACACAAAUUAUUCUUAUUUUGUUCUGUCUCGGGAAACUGCAAAUAAAAGAAAAACAGGACAAACUGC